GCCAACUUUUUGAAAAAAAAUAGUGUAACAUACAAAAAUAAUAAUUCUUUCCAUUUAUUGCUCCUUUCCUCUUCUUCUUAACACAAAAAAAAAACAUUCUACUCUUUGAUUCCAAUCAAUAAUAUGAACGACCUGCUCACGGAUUCAUUUGUUGGUGAUGCCAAAAGGCCUUCUGGCAAUGAUGAUAUCGAAAUGGGAAUGCGAACAUCGAGGAGCAACUCUGAUAUGGGAAUGGAAGCUUUCAAUAAGCAGAUACACGAGGUUGAGAAGCAGGUUGACAGGGUCUCUGGACUUCUCAAGAACUUGAAGGAAGCUAAUGAGGAGUCUAAAUCUGUAACAAAGGCGUCUUCCAUGAAAUCUAUCAAGAAGCGAAUGGAGAAAGAUGUGGAUGAAGUGAGUAAGAUUGGACGUGCAGUAAAAGCCAAAGUCGAAGCAAUUAACAGAGAUAAUUUAGCCAAUCGACAGAAACCUGGAUGUGAAAAGGGAACUGGUAUUGACAGAGCAAGGAUGAAUGUUACUAAUUCUUUGACAAAGAGGUUCAAGGAUUUAAUGAUUGAGUUUCAGACCUUAAGACAAAAGAUCCAAAAUGAGUAUCGUGAAGUUGUAGAAAGAAGAGUCAUCACAGUUACUGGAACUAAACCAGAUGAAGAGACGAUUGACAACCUGAUCGAAACUGGCAACAGUGAGCAAAUCUUUCAGAAGGCAAUUCAAGAAAUGGGCCGCGGACAGGUGCUAAAUACACUUGAAGAAAUCCAGGAGAGGCAUGAUGCUGUAAAGGAAAUAGAGAAAAAGCUUCUCGACCUUCACCAGAUUUACCUUGACAUGGCUGUUCUCGUUGAGGCCCAAGGAGAGAUCCUAGAUAACAUUGAAAGCCAGGUCGCGAAUGCAGUGAAUCAUGUCCAGACUGGGACAACUGCACUCCAAAAGGCAAAGACACUUCAGAGAAAUUCCAGAAAAUGGAUGUGCAUUGCCAUUAUUAUUCUUUUGAUUAUAGUAGCUGUUAUAGUCGUCGGUGUCAUCAAACCUUGGAAGAGUAAUAAGGGUGCUUGAGUCUGCCCGUUUCUUUUGUUUGACGACCAUUUGUACCUAUAUGUGAUCGAGUCCGGGUUCCGUGUCCCUCCUUUACGUUUCAAAAUCAUUUUUUGUUUUUCCUCUUUGUUUUGUGUGAUGUUUUGGUGCUUGUUGAGAGUUUGAUUUUUGUCUAUGGGGCAUCCAUGCAUUAUUGUUCUGAAGAGUGAGUUUAAUUUGAAAUGACAAAAUUUGAAGCAUUUUUGUUUGCUUUGGUA